AUGUCAAGAAUCGCCUUCCUGCUCUAUCGUAUAAACAGUCUAAUGCAUCAGUCUAAUCCUCUAGACAUGCAGGUAUACUGCCCAGGAUACAAUGUGUACCGAAGAUCCAUUCAUUUGGUAUCCGGUUUCAAUAUUGGCAAGAAUCCCAAUUUCGCCACUUCUGACCUCUAUCCUUUUCCAGAACUCGUUCCAUUUACCUCAUCCAGUGCUGCAUUCUUAUCCUCAGAGCCCACUGUUGCCUCUUGCCCGAGGCUUGAGGUUGAGGAUCCCAAAAACCUGCUGGAAUCUCACAAAAUCACCGUCAAGAAUAUGCAUUGCCCGAAGAGUGUGAAUCAAGCUGAACUGCCGAGUCAAGAGGCCAUUCUUUCUGAGGCGUCAGACGAGCAGCAGACCUUGCGUCUGUCCGGUCAAUUCAGCUCGUUGGACCACUUGGACAGCUUUCACUACAUGGCUCCACUCAUGAAGACUUUGCUGUCGGAGUAUUCAGAAGUACUCCAGUUGGGACGACUUACACCGAACCUUCCACUUGACUCCAACCGUUUCUACGAGGAUUUUAGGGCAUACUCCGCCAUACCUGGAGGCGAAUGGAAUCGAUUCAUCGCUGAAAACGUAGGCAUUUUAUACUUGACUCAAAUGUCCUAUCUUGGCCAUUUAUAA